AUGUCGCUCGCACACACAGCUGCAGAGUACAUGCUCUCUGAUGCCCUGCUGCCUGACCGCAGGGGUUCCCACUUCAAAGGACUGCGUCUAGAACUGCCCCUGGACCGGAUGGUCAAGUUCGUAGCUGUGGGCUUCCCCUUGCUGCUGAUGUCCUUGACACUCGCCCAGGAGUUCUCCUCUGGAUCUCCAAUCAGCUGCUUCUCUCCCAGUAACUUCAGUGUCCAGCAAGCUGCCUACAUCGACAGUUCCUGUUGGGACUCACUGGUUCACCACGAACAGGAUGAGCCUGGCCGGUACAAGAUGAAAUCUCUCUGGCCCCACAAGGCCCUCCCCUACUCCCUGCUGGCCCUGGCCAUGGUCAUGUAUCUGCCAGUUCUGCUCUGGCAGUAUGCAGCGGUGCCCACCCUCAGCUCAGAUCUGCUAUUCAUCAUCAGUGAACUGGACAAAUCCUACAACCGCUCCAUCCGCCUGGUGCAGCACAUGCUAAAGAUCCAGCAAGAGAGCUCUGACCCCCACAUCUUCUGGGAUGAGCUGGAGAAGGCUCGGAAAGAACGAUACUUUGAAUUCCCUUUGCUAGAGCGGUACCUGGCAUGUAAGCAGCGCUCACAUUCACUAGUGGCUACCUACCUCCUAAGGAACUCCCUCUUGCUCCUCUUCACCACAGCCACCUACCUGUACCUUGGCCACUUCCACCUGGAUGUUUUCUUCCAAGAAGAGUUCAGCUGCUCCAUCAAGACAAGGCUGCUAAGUGAUAAGACCCAUGUCCCCGAUCUGAUCCCAUGCAGGCUGACCUCCCUGUCCAUUUUCCAGAUUGUUAGCCUCUCCAGUGUAGCAAUAUACACCCUGCUUGUUCCAGUGAUAAUAUACAACCUCACGCGGCUAUGCCGGUGGGACAAACGUCUCCUAUCCAUCUAUGAGAUGCUCCCAGCUUUUGAUCUCCUCAGCAGAAAGAUGCUGGGAUGCCCCAUUAAUGACCUCAAUGUGAUCCUUCUUUUUCUCCGAGCUAACAUCUCUAAGCUCAUCUCUUUUAGUUGGUUGAGUGUCUUAUGUGUGUUGAGGGACACAACCUCCCAGAAGCACAACAUUGACACAGUGGUUGAUUUCAUGACUCUACUGGCUGGCUUGGAACCCUCAAAACCUAAAUAUCUCACCCACAGGGUGUGUGAUGAACAUCCUUAG